ACUAUAAUAAAAUUUUAAAAUAAAAUAUUUUUGCCGCUACUUGAUGAGAAUCAUUUGUGUAACGAUUGCAAAUGUCAAGAGGUUUUUGCCCCAAAUAUUCCAAUUUAAUGCCAAUGAAGCCCUAUAAUUGAUGGGUCUUUCCCGCCAGUAGACUUGGUGGUGGUUAUUGGUUACUAGCCGUAGCAAAAAGAGUACAGUAAGGCUAGGGUUAGAGUUUCCCUUUGGCUGGGGGGCUGGGUUUGUUCCUUUUUCCCUCUUUCCAUUUUGAAAUCAUUUCUCAAGAUUAGGGAUUUUCACUCUCAUCAUCACUGUUUAAACAAAUAGAGCUACACAAUCAAAGCAUCCGAACGUCAAGGCUAUUCAUUCUGCUCAGCAAAUUAAACCCUUGAUUUGAUUAUUGUGGUUCGUUCGUUCCACCAGGUUCAUUUUCAAUUACCGGCUCAUUCUCUUAUUACUAAUAUUUAAAUAUAGAAACACAAAGGGUGUUGUUGAUUGUUAUGUGAAGUUGAAAUGGGGGAAGAAAGCAACGCCUUUUAUAUUCUUCGAAAGGGAGAUACGAUUGGGAUAUAUAGGAGCUUAAGAGAUUGCCAAGAUCAAGUCCGAUCAUCGAUGUACGAUCCUAAUAUCAGUGUGCAUAAAGGCUAUAAUUUGUCCAAGGAGGCUGAGGAUUUCCUUGUCUCCCAGGGGCUUAAGAACGCUACCUACUCUAUUAGUGUCAAUGAUAUGAAAGAUAAUCUUCAUGGAAAACUUGGGAAACUUGUUGCUUGUCCUUACCAGCAACCAGCUUCCUUUGAGGAAGACGAUGACUCUUCGCCAGAGGCAUGGCAGGAAGCACUCGAGUUAAUAGAGCUUGCUGAGAAGGUUGGCUGUAGUUCAAUACCUAGAAUUUCUCAAAAUAAAGAUUUCAAAUCAAAUAGUUACAUGACCCCCAUCGAAAAAUUUAAUGUUUCUUCUCGUUGUGAUUCCUGUAUUCUUGAAUUCGAUGGUGCUUCGAAAGGAAAUCCUGGACAAGCAGGUGCUGGAGCUGUGUUGCGUGCUGGGGAUGGAAGUGUGGUAUGGCAGUUGCGUGAAGGGGUUGGCAUUGCAACGAAUAAUGUUGCUGAAUAUCGUGCAUUAAUUUUAGGACUUAAACAGGCUCUUAAGAAAGGAUUUAAACAUAUAUGUUGUCAGGGUGACUCUAUGCUCGUCUGUAAGCAGACUACAGGCGAGUGGAAAACCAAAAACCAGAAUAUGGCCAACUUGUGUAAACAGGCAAAGGAGCUCAUGGAAAAGUUUUCUUCGUCUCAGAUAACUCAUGUUUACAGGGAACAUAACUCUGAAGCUGAUGCUCAAGCAAACCAAGCAAUAUAUCUUAGGGAUGGAGAAGUUGCUGAGGAUUGUAAGAUGAAGUAAUUUAAUGCCUAGAGAUAGCUACCUACUUUUGCUCCUAAAUUGUGUAAAGAAUCAGAUCAAUGUUGGGUAGGCUCAAUCAUUUGGUUGAACUUGUAUAUAUCUUUGUUCAAUUGAUAUUAGUAUCUGCGUUUAUUUCAAUUUUCAUCUCUUAAAUUACUUUGUUAGGUUCCUAUCUUAAAUUUGAACCUCUCAUGCUCAAUGCCUUGAAGGAUUUUACCUAUUUGAUUGAGCUUAAAAGGAAUAGCUAAAUUAUAAUUCUUCUUGUGUAAA